AUGUCUCGCAUUUUUUCAAUUAUCUUUCUUACACUCUUUCUUUCCUUACGUUACACCUCGGCAGUACAAAACCAUAAUCUUCAUAGUAGUAACCAAGAUAAACAAAUUUACAUUAUUAGUAUCCAAAACAACUUAAAACCCAAUACAUUUUCCAAUGUUGAGGAUUGGUACAAGUCCAUUCUUAGUAGAAUCAAUUCUAAUCCCAGUGAUUCCUUGCUUCAUGUUUACAACACCGUUUUCCAUGGCUUCUCGGCCCGGCUUAGGGCCGAGCAUGCCGACUCAUUAAGAGCUCAAGUUGAAGUCAUUUCUAUCAUUCCAGACAUAGUCUACCAACCUCAAAUAACAAGAUCACCUCACUUCCUUGGCCUUGACUCGUACCAUACCCCGCUAGGGUUGCUAAAGGACUCCAACUUGGGGUCUAACGUCGUGGUUGGAGUCAUUGACACGGGUAUCAAGCCCGAGCACCCGAGCUUUGACGACAAAGGGAUGGACAAGGUACCAGAUCGCUUCAAGGGUGUAUGUGAUGGAGGGGUGGACUUCCCAUCUUCCUAUCACGUAAAGGCGAUCCUUUAUCAGCUCGAGACGAUUUCGGGCAUGGGACUCAUACGGCCUCCACAAUUGCAGGCCGUACGAGUUCCAAAAAAUGUCUCCUUCAUUGGGUACGCAGAAGGCCAAGCCACGGGGAUAGCUCCCAUGGCAAGGCUAUCUAUCUACAAGACGUGUUGGACGUUCGGGUGCACUGGGUCGGACGUACUAGCUGCCAUGGAUAAAGCCGUGGAGGACGACGUGGAUGUCAUCUCCCUCUCCUUAGGCCCCGUCGCGUCACGUGAUUACACCACAGACCCUAUUGCAAUAGGCGCAUUUGGUGCAUUUCAAAAGGGGGUGUUUGUCUCAGUUGCAGCUGGAAAUAGUGGACCUUUACCUGGACAAAUUUCGGCUUCCGCCCCGUGGUACAUCUCCGUCGGGGCUAGCACCAUCGAUAGAACAUUCCCUGCUGAUGUCAUCCUUGACAAUGGUGAUGUUCUUUCAGGCAGCUCUCUCUACACAGGGGAUCCACUACCAAAGAAUAAAACAUACCCUUUGGUACAUUUUACAUCUGAUUAUUCUAUGGAACAAUGUAUGCCGGGGUCAUUAGACAGUGUUGACGUAAAGGGUAAAAUCGUAAUUUGCUCACCAGGGCUAAUCAACAAAGUUGAGAAAGGGGUGGUUGUGGGUAAAGCUGGUGGAGUGGGAGUUAUUGUAGCUCUAAAUGAUCCUACAUUAGGCGAAAACGAUACACAAAAAAGCGACCCGUAUACGAUACCCGGAUUAACCAUACCUAUUGGAGCAACUACAAAACUUUUGGAUGAUAUCAGUAAGAAGAAGGUGAAAGAAGGGACCAUUGUGUGUCGAGGGACACAAAUAGGCGAAAAACCGGCUCCGGUGGUUGCCUCGUUUUCGUCUCGAGGACCAAAUAAUGUGUCUAAGUAUGUACUAAAGCCUGACGUGAUCGCGCCAGGGGUUGAUAUACUGGCUGCCUGGCCUGAAGGCGUACCGCCUUCUAGGUUGGAAGAGGACCAAAGGGUUACUCAGUAUAAUAUCGCGUCAGGCACGUCUAUGUCUUGCCCUCAUGUCUCGGGUUUAGCCGCCUUGCUCAAGAGUGCUCACCCUGAUUGGAACCCGGCUAUGAUCAAGUCCGCCUUGAUGACCACGGCGUAUAUUGGUUACCAUGAGAUGAGCAAGAUGGCUCAAAAUCAAGAUCAGGCGUCUUCUUAUUGGGCUACUGGUGCAGGACAUGUGAACCCCGAAAAGGCGAAUGAUCCCGGGCUAGUGUAUGAUAUCAGUGAGGAUGAUUUCAUUCAAAAUCUAUGUGCUUCAGGGUACAAUGCGACUGAAAUGAAGAUCGUUGUGAAAAAAUCAAUUAUCUGCGAUGAAAAAAUCGAUGGUAAAGUGUUUAACAGGACUUUAACAAGUGUGAACGCUACUGCAUCAACGUAUACCGCGAAAGUUUCGAGUCCUGCAGGAUUUAAUGUGACUGUUAAUCCUCCUGAAUUAAGUUUCAAGAAGAUUUGGGAUAAGCAAAGUUUUUUCUGUUACAAUUUCGGCAGUGAAAGAUCAAGGAAUCACGCUAAAUGA